AUGUUGGGAAUUUUCUUCCGGUUUCUGGGUUGCUUUUAAAUAAUCUUGGUGAAGAAUGUGUAACAAGACAUGAGUUUAUGACAGUGAUCGCUAGUUUAAAUUCAUCAGUCGUCAAAGAGAACCAGAGGUCCAAUGUAGCCUUUGUAGCCGAGUUAUCACACAGCAUUAACAAUCCUCCGAACGGGUUCCACAUCAUCUUUGAUAAAGUAAAAUUAGACAUUGGUGGAAACUACAAGGCCACACACGGCAUUUUUGUCGCUCCUCAUCCAGGAAUUUACCAUUUUGCUGUUGAAAUAACAUCUCCGCCUCAAUCCUCACAUCAUUCUUUGCACGUAAGAAUAAUGAAGAAGAAUCAGCCGGUCGCCUUGACGUUUGCUGACGGCAAUACUCAACAAUGGCUGCGACGAACUGGCUCAAUCAUUCUUCAGCUUGACACCGGAGACGAUGUAUGGUGCCAGACAGAAUUCAUUAGUGGAUCAAACACAAUAGCAGGUGCUAAUACAGGGGACUCCUACUCCAUGUUUUCUGGAUUUAUUGUACACCCAUUGUAAAAACACUAAAA